CUCCAAUCACCAAUUCCUCCUGCAAAAGCAGCCUCUGCAUUUUUGUGUGUCUGAAUGCUACAGCAGCAGCAGCAGAGGCAAAGGCACGGGGAGGGAAGGAAAAAGAGAUUUAUGGAUAAGGCAAAAACUGGAGAAAUGUGACAAAUCAACGGUCAUUUUCAUGGCGGAGGGGAAACUGCUGCGAAAGGAGUUAUUCUUGGACUCCUUUGAGCCUCGGAACGCUGGAUCAAAAUGCUCAUAGUGGAGAAGACCACAGACUUCCCCUCUGCUGAGUUCUCUCUGGUGGAGGAUGUGGCUCUGCACUUCACCUGUUUGAUGGACAGGCUGAAUGAGCAGCGUCUCUUCCAGCCUGACCUGUGCGACGUCGACAUCGUCCUGGUCCGCCAGCACAGCACCUUCCCGGCCCACAAGGGCGUGCUGGCGGCCUACAGCCCGUUCUUCCACUCCCUCUUCGCCCAGAGCAAACAGCUGCGGCGCGUGGACCUGUCGCUGGACGCCCUGACCUCGCAGGGCCUGCAGCAGAUCCUCAACUUCAUCUACACCUCCAAGCUGCUGGUGAGCAGCCGCACCGUCCGCGACGUGCUGAACGCAGCCACGCUGCUGCAGAUGAGCGACAUCGCCGCGUCCUGUCGCGACCUCAUCAGCAGCCACUCGCUGAGAACCACCUGCACGGAUAUGGCAAACCAGGACGGGGUCGCCGGCGGCGAUGACCCGACUGCUGUCGCAAUCCCUGCCAGAUCGUUGUACCGGGAGAUCAAGCAGGAGUCAGAGCUGAGCAGGGUGUUCAAGAGAGAGGGCAACAGCCCGUUUUCUGUCCGAGUGGAGGAGGCGGGAAAGACGGCCUCCCAGCAGAAGCAGUACUACCAGAAAGAUGAGGGGACGGGUGCGUUGUGCAAAGUAGAAGGCAACGGCGAGGACUCUAAGUCCACCGACAGCCACUCGUCCUUCAACAGAGAUCAAAUCAUCGUUGAAGUGAAUCUCAACAACCAGACGCUUAAUGUGUCAAAGGGAUCAGAAGGCAAGUCCACAGAGUCGGCCGGCAUGUUUGGCUGUUGCCACGACAACGAUAGAGAUUCCGAGGACGACGAGGAGAACGAGGCGGAGAACGACGACGCCAUCGAAGCCGAUCACAGCGACCUACAGAGGGGAGACAUGGCGGGGCCUAGCAGUGACGAGGACGAUGAGGAGGACGAGGAAGAGGAGGAGAACACCCUAAACAUUCCAGGCUUGCAGCAGGCGGCCAUGAUGGAUCGCCCCCGACGGGGCACCAGAGCCUUAACCAUGGCAGGAACCGUGGCCUCCAUGCGGCAGACGCUGGCCGAGGCCACGCUUGCCAACCAGCGGCCGCGCGGGAAGAGGCACGCGGACCGAGAGUGCGUGGGCCAGAAAGUGAGGCUGGAGGAGAAGCAGCACUUCCCGUGCAAGAAGUGUCCGCGCGUCUUCAACAACUGCUGGUACCUGGAGAAGCACAUGAACGUCACUCACAACCGCAUGCAGAUCUGCAACAACUGCGGUAAGCGCUUCCUGCUGGAGAGCGAGCUGCUCCUGCACCAGCAGACGGACUGUGAGAAAAGCAUCCAGUGUGUAACAUGUGGCAAAGCCUUCAAGAAGCUCUGGUCGUUACACGAGCACAACAAGAUCGUCCACGGCUACGCCGAGAAGAAGUUCUCCUGUGAGAUCUGCGAGAAGAAGUUCUACACCAUGGCCCACGUCCGGAAGCACAUGGUCGCCCAUACGAAGGACAUGCCGUUCACCUGCGAGACGUGCGGGAAGUCAUUCAAGCGCAGCAUGUCCCUGAAGGUUCACUCUCUGCAGCACUCAGGAGAGAAACCCUUCAAGUGUGAGAACUGCAGCGAGCGCUUCCAGUACAAGUACCAGCUGCGCUCCCACAUGAGCAUCCACAUCGGACACAAGCAGUUCAUGUGCCAGUGGUGCGGAAAGGACUUCAACAUGAAACAGUACUUUGACGAACACAUGAAGACACACACUGGAGAGAAGCCGUACAUCUGUGAGAUCUGCGGGAAAAGCUUCACCAGCCGGCCUAACAUGAAGCGCCACCGCCGCACACACACUGGAGAAAAGCCGUAUCCCUGCGAGGUGUGCGGCCAACGCUUCCGCUUCUCAAACAUGCUCAAGGCCCACAGGGAAAAGUGCUUCCGAGUCAGUAACCCCAUGGUUACGGAUGGAGACGACGCCCUCGGGCUGGACCAGUCGCCUGCAGCGGACUCUUCCGGUCAGGCUCACCUGGGGACUGUGCUUCCUGCCACGUCCGUGACCACGCCCCCCGUUGCCUCCAGCCCCCACCCACUCCACGGCACCCAGCUUUCUCUGCCCCUGCUGCAUCCGAUGGGCGGGCUGCCUCCCACUCCUCACUUACCCCCGCCGCCUCCCCUGUUCUCUGCUGGUAGGAUGAGCUCCAACAACUAACAAAUCUUUCUAGCUUUGAAAGCACUUUUGUUGUACCAUUUUUCUUUGGGAACUUUUUAAAGAGGACCCUGUGGGUGUGAGUGAUGCACCUCAGUGACACAGAGGAGGGGGAAAACUGAGUGAAGCCUGCAUAGAGGCCCCAUAAAAAAGCAUAUAUAUACACCUACCACAAUAAUAAAGUGUUAUUUUUUACUCUCUUGAAUACAAUAGAAAACCUCAGUGUCCGCUCGGACUUCACGUCAUCACUCUUCUCCUCGCGUGAAUCUCAAAACCUUUGUCGUCGUUUCUCAUUUUCCACACCACCGUGGUCAUCUCUCCUGAGUGUUGCACAACGCAUUGAUUGUAGCAUCUGUUACCGAGUGGAAGAACAGAGUUUCCUCCAUGUUCACUGAUGGUCCAUCAGUGGAGUGAGAUUAACACAACGGAAGAAAAAAAGAAAAAAAAAGAGGUUUAUUUUCCCGUUCUCUGCCAAGAUGUAGCGCGUGGUUCUGGUUCCUACCCUGCAAUAACCAAAUCCUGAUUUGUCUUUUGAGCAUUAUACAUGUAUAACGGCGUUGCCAAUAACCAAAUCCUGUUAGCUCACCUGCUAUAGUUAGGUAAUGUUAUACAGCGUUUAUAAUCGAUCCUGCACCUUACAUUUAACUCUAGUGAUAUUUAAAAGUGUAAUCCUAGUCGUCUUCAUUUUUAUAAUUGUGGUCGUGUGUAAUUUGUGGCACGUCAACGUCAGUUUGUGAGGACACGAGAGACGUGGUGACACUUGCACAGUCGACUGUGCAGUGUGUGUGUGUGUGUGUGUGUGUGUGUGUGUGUGUGAGUGAUGGGACGUGAGAAGAUCCAGAUCUAUAUUCAGCUAAAUACGAGCUUCCCUAAAUCAGGAGAGGAACAAAAUGUGUUGACUUUCUUUUUGUUUUUAAUUCUUCUUCUGUCUUUUGUUGUUGUUGCUUACAUUAAGCAAGUACACUCCACUCCUGUCAACAUGGCUUUGAGAUGAUGUGGCACUUUUUUUUUCUGUGACUUGUUAGUAAAAAACACCUAAUGUACUUGGACCUACAGUAUAGUUGUAGGUUUCCUUCUGAUGUAAAUGUUAACUUACCGCUAAUUGCCACACCCCCCAAAUCAUGUGGUUAGUCUGCAGAAUACCAACACUAUAGUGAUAAUAAUAAUAAUAUUCACAAACUCUGCUAAUGAAGCUCAUUAAGUGUGCACAUCUCCUCAUUAAGUAUAUUGUGAAAUGAUUAACGUUAUAUUCCAAUCUCCUCUUAAAGAGCACUGACAUUGACGGUGAUUACAUGGACGGCAAUAAUCUGAUACUAACCUGAUUUAAGACAAUAAGUCACUGCCAUGUAAGUAGCAUGUUCUGGUUAAUGCAUCCUAAAAACAAAAGGUCACAUUCAUUCCAAAUAAGCAAGAAAAGUCAAUUAUUUGUAACCUAGUUGUGUUGUGUACACACGAGUCAUCAUCAGACAAAGACUGAACGGGAAUACGACUGAAAUGUUAUAAUAAGCAGCUCAUGCAAACACAGUUUGAUUCAUGUCUUUUUUUCAGAAUUGGGUUAAUAGAUUUUAUUGGUUUCCAUGUAAACGUGGUCAUUUAUUACUUUUGGCACAGCGGAGCUCGUCACUUAACUGUUCCGUCACUGUUGCUGAACAUACCUGUCGUCAGUGAUUUGUAGAAGUUAAAUUAAAAGUUAAGGACAUGCCCUUAAAAAAAAUACAACAAAAACGUGUGCACUUUUGACAAGUGAUUGUCACAAAUCUAUCAGAGUAGAAAUAAGGAAAAAGUAAUCGUAUAUUUGUCAAUAACAUGUUUCACAGGAACAGUUAAUGAUUUUCGGAAAUGUGCUUAUUUGCUUUCUUGCAGAGAGAGAUUACAUGACACGGUUAAUGCAAUUCUCAUACUUGUCAUUAAUUAGGAGGAUACAUAUUAGAUUAGCUUAUAAAGACAGGAAACGGCUGGUUUACUCUGUUCGAACCUGGAAAUGCAAACUCCAACUGCAAUAUCUCCUCAAGCUAUUUGCAUCAUGGUACUGUUCUUCUGUGAAUCUCUGAAAACAAAAAAAGUGAUUUGACAAAGUUUCCAGUCUGCAUGUUAAGCUGGAAACAACUACCUGGUUCUCUUGAGACCUUUUUGCAAAUGGAAUACAUUUUGCUUUGUUGAGGCACUAAACUUAUAAAACAGGGGUAAUAUGUAAAAGUGGCCCAGUUGUGCUCCCUAAGGUGAAACGUUGGUUCAAACGUUGCACCAAAUUUCACGGAACUUGGUGGAAACAUGUCACAGCCCAAGGCGAACAAAAAAGUCUAUUGGCACCAUGGCCAAAACACAACAGGAAGUCGGCCAUUUUGAAUUUACUGUCUACCCGUCGUAAUUUUUGCGAAUUUCGACCAUUGGCCGCAAAAGAGGUAGUGCCCUGCAGCUUUGCCGGACAUUGAUCGGUCAGCUCGUAACUUCAUACGUGACACGAGACCGAACCUGAACACGUCUGCGAACAUGAACUUUACCCAACAGGAAGUCAGCCAUUUUUAAUUUAGCUGCCGUUUUGCCACGAAACAGUUGACCAAUCUGGGAGACUGGGCCAGAAAUCAUCAGCACGUGAAAAAUAAGUCAAGGACAUAGUGCCACCUGUUGGCAGCACAGCAGUUGCGAGGGCCCGCACAAUGCUAGUUUAAUUUGGGCCUCCAAAUAUCAUCUCUUUGACCCUUUUUUGUAUGGAUUAACCCUUCUGUUAACAUCCAAUCACAGACAAGAUUCACUAGCGCGUCACACAUUUGCGAUGUCAGCUUCUCAGUACCGUAAUUCCUGAACGGUUGAAUAACUGCCAGAUAUCGAAAAAGUGAAAGCUAUCUUGAUAAAAGGGGCAGAAACGCUUACUCACUGAACAUUUUUUGACAAUUCUACAGCCAUAAAUGAGAAAUAAAUCCAGGCGGCCUGAUUAGCAUGAUGGUCAUAAGAGGGUUAACUGCCAACAGAUGUAUUGUAUUGAACUGAAUAUCAUGUUGACUGCAUUCAGACAUUCACUGAAACUCAGAUGUUCCUGAAAUUGUCUGCAUGUGAGAACACAAAUGUCAGCAAAAGCCACAUUUUCUGGAACUUCUCCUGCCAGUUCCCCGUGACUACCCUGCUGCGUUCAUCACAUGUCAAAUGACAAACUAGCAUUAGUUAGCUGUUUUUUGUUGUUGUUGUUGUUGUUGAUGUCUGUCUUGUAUCUUGGUCCAUGCUAUUAUGCUAAGCUAUUUAACGAGCUGCUAGCCGUAUCUCACAUUAAACGGAUACUCGACUCUCAACAAGAAAGCAAAGAGACAUUUAAAACUUUAAAAUGGACUAAACUACUUCUCAAAACCUGCCAUUUUAAUUCUUAUUCGAAAAAGACUUUGUGCACUAUGGAUGCACUCCUGCUCACUUUAUCUCUAGCUAGCCUACCUUUCGUGUAGCAUUAACCUGUAAAUAUUGUUGAAAUGUGUUUCUAUCUUGUGAUUAAUUCCUAAUGUUUACAUUGGAGAAUCAGUUGAAUGUGCCCCCAUGUGUGUCUCGGCUGAUGCGAACAAAAUUGGAAAAAUUGUGGAUUAAGCUCUUGUAAAUAAGCCAUUCAUUGUUUUUAUUUAACUCGACAUUUGAGCACCUUAUAUAUUAUUAUAGCUCAUCCCAUGUACAUGUACAUGUACGUCUUAAACUGCCAUGGCUAAAUGGAUCGGGCCGCAUCGGAUAAUAUUUGACAAUGGUACGUUUGUGUUUUCCUCAUGUGUCAAACACAUGUUGUGUUUUUUUAUUUGCUGCUUCCUCUUUUUUUCGUUUCCCAGGGUCCAGUCAAACUGCCCUUUAAAAGAGAAGUCUACAGCUGUUGUAUAUUGUUGUAUGUGAUGAAUCUAAUUUAGCCUUACCAGACAGCGAGCUUCAAGGUCAGUGAGAAUCGAGCUGCAGUUUAUGAGGAACUAACCGUCAACAUUUUAUACCCAUCUGAGGUUUGGUCUUGUCGGACGAGGACAACAAUGUCACACUCACAUAAAGGCUGUUGCUCUUGUGUGGCAAAUCCAUAAUUAUCGUUGGAAAUAAUGAUAAAUUAUGACUAAAAGAACCCACUUUUUUACCACUUAAUUGUUGUGAGAAGCACUAGCCCAAGAGACGAUACUGAAAUACUGUGGUAAUGGUAUGUUUGCCUUAUGCUUAGAGGGAUUUUAAUGUUUUCUGUCUGACCGAUGUAGCUGACGGUAAAGGAGAAGGGAUAGUAGUUCGUACUACUGAUAUAUGCACUUUGAUCGCCACACUAGCCCAUAAUGGGGACACGAAUGGAAUUUAGAAAGCAGUUUGAGUCUCGGUGGGAAAUUCAUUUGAAAUUUAAAUUUAUGCUUGGAAAAUGUUAACAAACAUACCGAUUGUUUGUCUCAGAAGUCACGGUUAGUACAGUACGUCGCAGAAGUGGCUGACCGAGACCUCACCUGUGCUUUGUCUCCUAGAAUAACUUUUAGUGGAUCAUUUGCUGUGGUGUAACAACAUCCUGCACUCUGGGGAACAACUCGGCGGUGAGCGGUUAUGUUACGCCGUGCUGCUAAACUAGUGUACCUGCCUUUGCACAGAGCUCCUCUUUUAAUAAGUAUUUGUGACUCCUCCCCCGAGGGUGCAUUCAGUGCAGCUGCAUCUGUUUCUGCUUGAUUUGUUCCCCGAUCACGGCCAUAAUUAAGAGGGAAAUCUUAGGUCUGACCAGUUUGCUCCUACUGAAGGAUGCUACGAGACAAUGUGCUAUUGUGUUGGUUGCCAAAAAAAAGAAAGAAAAAAAGCACAAUUAUUGUGUGCACUUUAUAAUUCAGCUGGUAUUAUACACGUAGUGGUUUAUAAAAGAUUAUAGACAAAUGUUGUUGCUGGUAUUUGUUUGGUUCAACAUUUCAAUCAAAGAGAAACCUCCGUUUGUUUAAUACUGCAAAAAGUACUGCUUGUAGCUGAUCAGGAGAACGUUAUGCUACAAUAUCUCUAAUUCAUGCACUUCCAAACCAAAUGAUGCAGUAUUAAUCAGCUGCUCAAAGGGCAUCGUAUUUGUCAUUUUGGAGGUCACUGACUGUGAGCUGAUAAUGCACCUUUUUUAUGAUGUAUCUAACAAAAUUGGUAUGUGGCAAAUGUAUUUGUCCAAAUCUACCCUUGAAAGCAAAAAUCUAAAUGUUAAUCCUUCGUUCUGGACACAUUUGUGAACCCUACAACACCCAAAUCCCCCCAAAA